CCUCCUCAGUUCGGGAGUCCAGGAGCAGACCUGAACCGUGUGCAGAGGAUUUUUACCUUCGUGCGUAAAAGCUCGCCGCGUCCUGUGCGCGCCGAUGGCACAGAGCGCAGUGCAUCCUCCAUCAGCGCUUCACUGUGGACUCCGAAUCUGAAGAGCGAACAGCAGAAUCUGAGUGCUGGAUUCUAGGGGGACUGAAGGACUUUACGCAUCUGUGUAAUCCUCGCUUAGCAGGAGGAAGAGGAGGAGGAAGGUUGGCUCUCAUCUCAUGAUGGGACACCGCAGCUGUCAUCCACCGCGAGGAUGAGCCACAGAAGCAGUCCGGCGCGUGCGUACGACUUUCUGCUCAAGUUCCUGCUGGUGGGCGACAGCGACGUGGGGAAGGGCGAGAUCCUGGCGAGUCUGCAGGACGGAGCGACAGAGUCCCCGUACGGGUACAACAUGGGAAUCGACUACAAGACGACCACCAUCCUCCUGGACGGGAGAAGGGUGAAGCUGCAGCUCUGGGACACGUCGGGUCAGGGGAGGUUCUGCACCAUAUUCAGAUCCUACUCCAGAGGAGCACAGGGGGUCAUUCUGGUGUAUGACAUCACCAACCGCUGGUCCUUUGACGGCAUCGACAGGUGGAUCAAAGAGAUUGAUGAGCAUGCCCCAGGGGUUCCUAAGAUCCUUGUUGGGAACCGUCUCCACCUGGCCUACAAGCGUCAGGUGACCACAGAGCAGGCACAGGUGUAUGCUGAGAAGCUGGGUGUCACCUUCUUCGAGGUCAGCCCGCUGUGCAACUUCAACAUCACAGAGUCGUUCACGGAGCUCGCACGAAUCGUCCUGAUGAGACAUGGCAUGGAGCGCCUGUGGAGGCCCAACAAAGUGCUGAGUCUUCAGGACCUCUGCUGUCGCUCCAUCGUCUCCUGCACUCCGGUCCAUCUGGUCGACACGCUGCCGCUCCCACUGGCCUUAAAGUCCCACCUCAAGUCCUUCUCCAUGGCUAACGGCCUCAACGCCCGCAUGAUGCACGGACGCUCCUACUCCGUCACCGCCGCCGCCACCAAGAGGAGCGGAGGGGCGCUGCUGAAGAAACCCAAACUGAUCCGGCCGCCGCCCCUGAGCCCGCAGGCACAGAGCUGCAGAAACAGCUGUAAAAUAUCCUAACGGCAGUGAAGGCACCACCCGCUCUCGGUUCGACCGAUCGGAACCGCCCCUAAAACUUCCUGUUUGCUGACGUCAGAGGUGCCUCUGUUUUCACCUGUAACCAUCCGAUCGCAGGUGACUUGACGUCGGUCCUGCGGCGAAAAUCAGGCCGCUGAUGGGAAAAGCAGCACGUGCGUCAUCCCGGUUUACGUUAACGUGAAAAUUAUUCAUGCAACUCAAACCGCUCAGAAAACUCUGGACAAUGAAAUAAAACCUGAAUAAAUGUUGAGCUCAGAGCUGCAGCAGAAACUGCUCAAUAUUUACAUUUUAUUCUUCCUACUUUACUCUGUUUUUUGUUUUUUAAUUUCACAAAUCCACUUUUUUCUUAUUUUCUGGGAAAAUUUAAAGAUUUAAUGUUAAAAAAUUAAAAUAUAUAUUUAUUUUUUGUAAAUGAGGUCAAAAAUUCAGAUUUUCUUCUUGCACCAAAUUUAGCUCAGACUUUUUUCAUAAAUAAGCAUUUCUGAGAAGAAUGUUGUGACUUUUUAUUUCAGAGAUGAAUUUUUCUGUAAACUUUCUGUUUUCUGCAGAAUUUUACUGACAGGAAUGUUUUAAAGUUUGGAAAAUUUCUAAUUUGCUCUUAAAAUCAUUUUUUCUCUCAUGACACAUUUCGACUUCUUUCCCGUGGUGAUGAUGUUUUUCCAAACACUGACGCUGUUACCCAGAGCGCACGAUGUUUUUGACGUCACUCUGCGGUACGACCCACAGUCUGACGUAUUUUCUUACCUGCGGAAAGUUUUUUUUUUUUUUUAUUCCUACAGGUGUGACACCACUUCAAUCCUCCGCAUGAUGCUUUCUACAAACAAGGAGCACAGACGAUGAUGCUCACCUGUACUCACCUUUACUCACCUGUACAUAGAAGCACUUUGAAGCUGUAUUUUUGCACACUUCUUCAGACACACUAACUUUUUGUGUACAAUAUUUGUACGUGUUGUAAAUGCGUGUGUGGAUGAUGAUGAUGAUGAAGAUCAAUGUGACCUCUGCCCCACAGAGGUCACUGUUUACCGGCAGUGUUUCCAAUAAAGUUCAGCCG